CGAGUACCCUAGAGAACAGACAAGGGUUUAAAGAAACCAGUUGUCUAACUAGUCGGCAGAAAUAAUCCUUCUCAUCCAGCAAACCUUCUCGUCUUAUUCCUUGGUUCUUCGAAGUUUCCUGAACAGAAAGCAUCUCUCCGGCUAAACUGAAUUAAAUGCAUUAGAAGAAAUCAUACAAUCCUCACGUAUUUAAAAGAUUUACCUGUAAUGAGCAUUGAGAGAAUAUCUGAGGUUACAGUGGAUGUUUACAUCUGAUAGUGUACUGCAGAUUGUACAGCUAGCGCGUACACAACAUUCACAUUUCAGUUCACAUCAUACAACAAAAGUUUUCUACUCUGAGUAAAGAAGAACGGUUAGGAUGCCUCCUUGCUCAUCAGAACUACUGGAUAAUCCCAUUAAUAGGGAUAAGGUUCGAACCAUCUACUUGAGUAGACAUGGAGAGAGUGAGAACAAUCUAUUUGGACGGAUCGGAGGAGACGCGGAUCUAUCCUCCAGAGGAGAGCAAUAUGCUCGAGCUCUAGGAUACUAUAUCAAUACACUUCCACAACCCUGUCAUAAGGUGAUAACCUCAAGACUACACAGGACUCAGCAAACAGCACAAUAUGUACAAGCACAAAAGGAGAUCAGACACGAGAUCGAUGAGAUUAACUCCGGGGAGCAUGAUAACAUGACAUACGAGGAUAUAGCAGCAAACUUUCCAGUAGAGUUUGCUCUCAGAGACAGAGAUAAACUCAACUAUAGAUAUCCAAAGGGAGAGAGUUAUAUGGAUGUUGUAAAGAGGUUGAAACCUAUGAUGGCGGAACUAGAACUUGAAGAUAAUAUUCUUAUCAUCUCUCAUCAAGCAACUCUCAGAUGUAUGUUGACGUGUUUACUGGAAGGAAACCUGGCUGAACUACCAUAUCUCAAAAUCCCUCUUCACACCAUCAUCAAGCUCACCAUCUCCGACGCCGGGGUCUCCAUGGAGUACCACAGAAUACCGGUAGAAUGCGUGGAUACUUUCAGGCCUAAACCGGAGAAUUGCGAGAUAUCUCGAAACCUGGCUGCAGCCUGCCAAACAGUUCCAUUUCAUCUCUAACCUUACACAUUGUCCAGCCGUAGAUUUAUAUUUUCUUGACCACCGUAAUCUGACUUAUGCAGCAUUUUAUUUUGUUAAACAUUCGUAACAACAAAUACCUUUCAUGUGUAGGCUUUUCCUGUUAACAAUAUAUUUAUUACUUAGCUAGACGUAUUGCGCUGAGUCUGUUAAUUCGAUGUUCUCUAUAUUAUUGAUCAUGUUGAUUUAAAACACUAUAAUUAGGCCAUAUGUCAAUUGUAACUUAUAUAUCUAUUCUUGUAAUGAAAUAUAUUUUAAUAAAUUUGUA